AAGAAGAUCCCAAGUAUUAUGUUUCCCAGCUUACAGAACGAGGCCCACUUUCGGAAACUUGGGUCAGAGAAUACUGGGAUGCCUGUAAGGAUAAAGAAACUCCUCUUCCCGAUAAAAAGGCCAUCAUGUGUGCAUAUAAACUGUGUCGAGUUGAAUUCAAGUACUGGGGAAUGCAGAGUAAGAUCGAGAAGUUUAUUCAUGAUGUAGCUCUGAGAAAAACUAUGUUGAGGGCACACAAGCAGGCCUGGGUGUGGCAGGAUGAGUGGGUAGGUCUAACAAUGGAAGAUAUUCGUCAGAUGGAGAGAGAAACACAAGAAAUCUUGGCUAAGACUAUGUCAGGCGAAUCUGGACAGGAGGAUGGUUCAGGCUUACUACAGUCAGAGAACACCCUUCACACCAGUCCUUCGAGCUUUUCUGGACAAGAAGUAGAUUGGAACGUCAUCGACAAAGAUAAUGAUAUUACCAUGAACCAAAACUUGAAAACCUGCCCUCCAAGAACAAGGAGCCCAUCUCCUCACAAAAGACCCACUUCCCCAAAUUCUCAGGAAAUCCCUACAUCCAAAGAACUAGAUAAUGCAGAACUUGUCAGAAGUGGAAGAAUAAAAAACUGGUCCAGGAGCAGUUCAAAGUCAGUCCUUUAUUCAACAGAUGGCAGCUCUAACAAAAGUUUAGAUGUUCAGAUGGCUAAUUGGAGGAUGGAAAGUAUUGGAAAAUAUUCUAAUUCUAGCUCUGAGGAUGAAUUCUUUGAUGCUGAAGAUGAAGCGGAAGCCAUGAGUCUGGCAAAAUGGAGUUCACUGGACAUUCUUCCCAUCGAGGAAGAUAAAGAAUUUACAGAAAAUAUCAAAGAGGACACCUACAUUAAAAAAGUACAAAACGGACAGCUCGGUAAAGACUAUCCAUCAGUAGCUUCAAGUGGGAGCGUGGAUGCCUACGUGCCAUCAAGCCCCUUCACUUCACCCGUCCGUCAAAGUUGCCCCACUACCGUAUUGAUAAUGGUAUUUCACUGUAGCAGUGUUCUAGACACUGGCACAGACCCCAGCUCCAAAAAAUCGGACAUAAGUACUUUCCGUAGCACUCUUGACAGCCUGGUGUAUCAACACUAUCCCAUGCUGGUAAAUCGUAUAGCAAUUCGUCUGGUAUCCUGUCCUGCAGUUUGUUCAGAAGCCUUAGCAGUUUUAUCCAGUCUAAGUCCAUAUAGUUUUCAAUCAUCUCCAUCUGCCAUUGAUGGUAUUUCACACACUUAUGAUGCGAUUCCACUAGGCUGUAUGCCACUUUUUGCCAUCUCAUGUCCUGAAUACCAAGUGUGUAUUUCAAGAACAGUUACUGCUGCCAACCAGACUUACCACGAAUUUCUCAAGUCUGAAGAAGGCCAUGGCUUUUGUGACCAAGUUGUUGUCAUUGGAGAUAGUUUGGGAGCAGUUCUACUAUACGAUGCCUUGUGUCGAACAUCCCAGUUAAAUAGCCAUUAUGGGAGUGAAAGUAGUAUCGCUGAGGUCGAACCCACUAACCAACAAAGUGCAGACAUUCGAAACAGACCCCACAGCCCCAGUUACACGGGUAGACCAAAUCCUUUAAUUUCCAUUAGCAACGGCAGUGGAAACGAAGAUGUUGGUGAGAUUUCAAGAAGUAGGAGACCAGGUACUGUAACAAGCAGUAUCAGAACUUACAGAAAAUCUUACUCACACCCUAAGGAUGCCGAUUCUACCAACUACGAUGCUGCCUCCUACACCAGACUUCUUUCGGCUCCUCUUCCUCGUCGCUCCAGUUCAACUUCUAGUGAUCAGAGCAUUCAACACAAGAUUGAAUUUGAAGUUAGUGACUUCUUCAUGUUUGGCAGUCCGUUGGGUAUGAUAAUGGCCUACAGGAAGAUAAUGUCAUUUGAUGAAAAAAAUACACCACCUCCUCGGCCAUUUUGCAGUCAAGUGUACAAUCUGUUUCAUCCUUCCGAUCCUUCGGCUGUUCGGAUUGAGCCUCUGUUGAGCGUUAGGUUUUCUCAGCUUCCACCAGUUAAUGUACCACGAUAUCAGAAGUAUCCACUAGGAGAUGGCCACUCCAUCCAACUGUUGGAGUCCAUUCAGAGUUAUGCUUACUUGUUUACCGAUGGUGGAUUCGCUUCUUCCCAGUGUGUGUAUAGUACAAUGGGCAGGCGAAUUAGUGAAGCUAGUGUCACCAGCACAAUGUCUGGCAUUACUGAAAUGGUACCCUUGGCAACCAUAUCUACACUGACACAGAAGUGGUGGGGAUCGAAGAGAUUGGAUUAUGCACUGUACUGUCCAGAAGGACUCACAAACUUCCCUAUCAAUGUUCUACCUCAUCUUUUUCAUGCUAGUUACUGGGAAUCGACUGAUGUCAUCGCUUUUAUACUAAGGCAGGUUGUGAGGUCGGAAACGUUAAUUCAAGGAGACAAAGAGAAGGAAGCAUCUGUCUUUAUCCCUUCCCAGCCUCGUGAGAAAUGGCUAAGGAAAAGAACUUCCAUGAAAAUUAAGAAUGUGACUGCUAAUCACAGGGCCAAUGAUGUCAUUGUUAAGGAAGGUGACCCCCAGACAUUAAGUGCUAAGUUCCUCUACGGUCCUUUGGACAUGGUUACGUUAACAGGAGAAAAGGUUGACAUCCACGUCAUGAAAGAUUCACACUCGGCUGAGUGGACGUUCCUCACGACAGAGUCAUCAGACAAAAACGGUAGAGUCUACUACACCCUUCCGAAGGAGAAAGCUUUAGGUUAUGGAGUGUUCCCUAUCAAAAUGAUUGUUAGAGGCGACCACACUUGCAUAGACUUUUUCUUGGCGGUCGUUCCACCGAAAACUGAAUGUGUUGUCUUCAGUAUUGAUGGUUCCUUUACGGCCAGCGUAUCGGUUACCGGAAGAGAUCCUAAAGUUCGAGCCGGUGCCGUGGACGUGGUCAGGCACUGGCAGGAGCUAGGCUACCUGAUUAUCUACAUAACAGGCCGUCCUGACAUGCAACAACAGAGGGUGGUAUCAUGGCUAUCUCAACACAACUUUCCUCAUGGGUUGAUUUCUUUUGCUGAGGGACUUUCCACCGAUCCUUUGCGUCACAAGGCAGGAUAUCUCCGCCACUUAAAGGCAGAUGUCGACAUCAUAAUCCACGUGGCGUACGGCUCAAGUAAAGAUAUCUGGGUGUACUCUUCUGUUGGGUUACAGCAAGAACAGAUCUUCAUCGUGGGAAAAGCAUCCAAAAAGCAGCAUUCCAUAGCUACGGUUCUCACUGAUGGCUACGCUGCACAUCUUGGCGAUCUGAAGGCCCACGGCGGUUCCCGACCUGCCCAAGGUAAUGCCCGAAUGAUUCUCCCAAGAGGCGUGUUUGGUUUACCUGGUCAAGGUGCUGGUAGUCUUCGUCAGCGUCAGUCUGCUAAACGAACAACUUCUUACCCCUUGUCUGCCCAAAUUAUGGAUUCUAAGACAAGGGCAAUUUCGUCUAAACCAACCUCUACUAAUGUGUAAUACAAAGAAAGCAAUUUCAGCCAGUUCAGGAUGAGAAACUAUAUUCCAGUAAGUUUUGAAUGUAGGGUACCAUGGAACAGUUCCUUUGCAUACCUUGGCUUUCUAUUUGACAGCGUAUUAUGAUUUAUUAAGGAAAUGUAUGCUUCUUAUUACCUCACCCGUUAUCAGAACUUUUCAUUUUGUCAAGAAAUAUUUAUUCAGUUACAUUGUAAAAACUGAUACACACUUUGUUUCAAGGUUGAACCACUUUCACCUCACCAGCUAACUUUAAGAUUCCAAAUCAACAUGCAUGGACUUGCUUACUCCCCAAGGAAUUCCUACCGAACAUUGUCAUAUAAAGUAGGAAUCCACCGUUUUACUACUUAGAGAACUUAAAGAGUACAAGGUGUCUGUUUGUUAAGAGUUGUUUUGUCAAGGGUGAACUAUUACUUGCCAUUGUCUUUCACAUGCAAUUCUUGUCCAUUUCUCAGAUUUUUUUUUAAUCAUGCCGAGACUUGUUUGUUUACAAGAAAAAAAGAACUUCAUCCUAACUCUUAAGUCGCACCGAGAAGUGUUAAUGUUCAGAAGAAAGGAAGACAAUGUGUCGACUAGCUCUUAAGCCUAUUUUCAUCAUUAUCUGACUUGUGUUAUAUAGUUCUUCAUUUAAUGUACAAAUAUUCCCGAGAUAUUUUGUUUUACCACCAGCAAAGUCCUAGUGAAACACUGUGUAUGUGUUAAGUAUUCCAUCGUUAAUGUAUUUUAGUGUUUGAGACUGCUAUAGUAAACGUGUCGUCACUAGGUUUAUUGCACAUAAUUCAAAGCACUGAUGUCAAGCAGAUUGUGAUGUAAAGGCCAGCAAGGGUUCUGACUAUUAUUUAUGACAAAUAGAUAUUAAAGUUUGUAAAAGUGUUUUUUUUUAAUAUUUUAAUAGUGUACAGUAGUGUACAGUUACUGUUUCACAAAGUAGUCAUAAAUAUACUUAUAUUUCUCCUAACAUUUACUGUUCACAUUCCUUGGUCAUGGUUCUACCCUAAUCUUUCCUAAUGCUUCAUUCAUUCUGUUUACGAGAAGAAACUGAACAGUCCCAAGUGUUUAAUUUUACUACGAAUGAUUCUUCAUAACUGCCAUAUUAGUUUUAUGGUAUUUCUAAUUUCACCAUCUAGUCAUUUUUAAAUUUUUUUCUCAUUUAUUUUAAGUCUAAUUUUUGAUUUGCACAUAAUGAUGACUGAAGUAAGAUUCAAUGUUAAAUAGUGCAAGGAAUAUUGUAAUGUUCUUAAGUUUUUGAAAUUAUCUGGUCAGUCAACAUUUUUGCAGACUUAUUCACAUGCGAGAACAGCCCACUUUGAAAAGUAGUGAAACAUUAUGUUCAUUAGAACAGAGAAAUUUGGUACUUAAUAUUGAUUAAAAAAGCACCAGUUUUUUUUUUAUUUAUUUACAAGAAGUUCAAUUUUUUUAGUCUUUACAAAUCCAUGAAACUUCAUCUCAAAGCCACAAAGAAGGGGCAAAAAAAAAGCUCCUAAUAAACAAUUUCAAAAUUACCUAAACUCGCUGUCAAAAAAGAAUUUUUUUUUUAAAUAUACUUAUUGUGUGCUUUACUAACUAAAAAUUUUCAUCGUGACAUUCCUAGUUUUAUCUUUGAUUACUGGAUGUUUGUUGAAACGUUUGGUUAACCUUCACCCAUAAAGUGUAGGAUCACCUGAUAUACGUUAUCUCAGUCAGCAUGACACAGAUCUGAUGUUAAGGUCGUUGUGUGACUUCAAGCAAGUCACUCUCACCAAGCCUGACGUAAUGAAAUAUCCAAACUGUUGCUUUCUUAUUCUCAAUCAUUUGCAGAGGAUGUUUUUUUAAUUAGAGACCCUACUUCUGUUUUUCUCCACAAGUACUCAAACUGGCAAUAAGAAAGAAUAUUGCUUCCUGUUGUGGUCGGUUCUUGUGAUUAUGCUUGGAAGGAUAGCUUUGUAAGUAGAGGUUUGUGAUACUCUGUUGUUGCUUUAAAAAUGUACUGUUACAUUUAGCUUGUUCGGGUAUUUUAUCAAAAAUAUUUUAUUUUGAACUUGUUUUAACUCUGUGUUUUUAAGUUCUCUUGUAUAAUAUUUACAACAUACAAGUCUCUCAGAUUUAGAAAAGUUAUUAUCUCAGCCAAAUGCACCAAGAAGUGAAAUUACAGUUCAUUGCCACCCACCGAAUCCUUCAGCUAAAACCCACUGUUAUUUUAAAUAUAAAAUGUUUUUUCAAUGUUUGAUGUUUAUUAAAAUCAGUUUUUUGUUUGUUUU